CGUUCGCCACCGCUGCGUCGUCACCUUUGUUCCAGCUUGCUCCAAUGGCCGGAACCCUAAUUCCCAGCAGCGCUCUAUUUCACCCUUCGUGUAUUAUGAAAUUUAGGGCACGAAGCGAGACGGAUCUCUUUCGGCCUUCGAGAGAACCCUUCAUAAUCGCCCGGCUCGAGAAUUUCGGCUUCCGAUUUCUAUCUAUCCGUUCAGGAAGGCGUUGCUUUCCCUCAGCGAUGGCGGCGGAGGCGACGGCCGCUGUUUCGGUAGAAGACGACGAGUCGAUGAGCAUCGAUGCACUGCGGCGCUUCUUUGAUCUUAGCAUCGGCAAGUGGAACGGGUCGUUCUACCAAUUUGAUGGCAAUGGGGAGAUGCUGCAACGUGUGAGCACGAAGCUCUCUGUAAGCACGUAUGGGGAGGAUGAGCUCAUUAGUCUUAUUCAAACACUAUACAUAAAGCAGUCUCCAUCAAGCACGACAGUUUCUGGUUAUGAUUCUGAAUCUGAAUGGUUGGAAUACAAAAUUAAAGAGACAAAUAUGUUUACUGUUGAUAAAUAUCAGCAGAUUGGGUUUUUUCCGACAGAAAAAGCAUUCUCUCUUAGAUAUCAAACUGCUGGAAUGCUGGAAACUGUAUUGCGUGCCGGUGUGCUCGGUGAGGACGACAUUGGAGAGGAAUCUCCCAGAAACUUGAAGGUUCCUUCUCGUUACCCUUCUGUUGUUUGCGAGAAUUGUCUUUACUCUCUGAAAGAUGACAUGCGAGUAAGAGCCUUCCAUAUUAUGGACCCUAAGGGUGUUCUCGAUAUGCUUCUUAUUUUUCGUGAACAACGAGGUGAUGCACCAUCGUGUAUCUCUUCUUGUAGCUUGCAUGAUGUCCCAGACAGGAUUACUCCAAUCCUUGGGCAAUGGAAAGGUCAUUCCAUCACCAAGCGUAGCGGUGUCUAUGGCGCGACGAUUGCCGAAGCUGAAACUGUUGCUUUUCUUGAAUUGGAUGACAAUGGCCAAUUAGUUCAGGAUAUAACCUCAACUUCCACAAGCGGAUCAACGGCCAAUAUUCACUGGUCUGGAACUAUUUCAGGCAACAUGAUAAAAUUUGAUGGAGGCUUUCAGCUGACCCUUCUUCCUGGAGGAAUGUACAUGGGAUUCCCCUGUGAUAUUGCCAAGAGUGUUUCUCAAUCACAAUCCUUCCAUCUCGAGUUCUGCUGGAUCGAGUCGCCCGACAAGAGGCAGAGGCUCGUUCGCACAUACGACAUGGAUGGUUUAGCUGUGUCGUCGACAUACUUUCUCGAGACGAGAGUGUAGCAGUUAUCUCCAUUCCUGCAUGUUGAGCAUGUCAAUGCUUUUCAGUAAGAUGUUAUGUGUUAUAUUUUCUGUUUUCUGCUUUCCCAUUGUGUUUAUUUACAUCUUGUGGAUGAAUUUGUUAACAGAGUCUCUUUUAUGGUUCCAUUUAACCAUAGGAUAAAGUACAUGUAUAAAAAUAUUGUACGAGCGGGUAUUCGAUCGGUUUGAAUGAA